GGCAUCAUGGGUCUAGCCUUUUAGUUGGGAUUUCUCCGUCUGAGUGCAGCUUGUAUGGAUCCUAAGGGCCAGUCCUUACACCCCAGGGCUCCGGAGGCUAAGUGAAUAAAAGCAGACGGCGCAAUGUCUGCACUGUAUGGUUGUCUCAAAGGUAAAAAUGACACUCUCAUGGCUGCAAACUCAACAGAUGUACCUGAGACUUCGGAAAUGGAAGAGGUCCAGGAAGAAUGUACAGGAAAAAAAAAGUCAAAAUUUCAAGCCUUUAAAAAACUGUUUGUUAAGAAGAAAAGGAAAGAAUCGCCAGCACCGAGCAGGGAAAGCACCUUAAAGCCCAGCCAGUCCAGCAGCGAUGUUAGUGCUUCGGCGGCUGAUACAACUGCCUUCCAUCCGGCCCACGAGCCGGGGACAAAGGGCAGUAUGGGAAAUAAGGCAUUAUCCCACGACAGUGUGUUCAUUUCUGAGUCUGAAAAUGUGACAGAAGAGCGUUCAUCUCAGGAAAAGGUUCCUGGCAAAGUGAAAGCACUACAGCUUCAGCAGAACAUCAGGAUAGGAUCUGCUCCACAAGGAAUCAUCUCCAAAAGGCUGGAGGAUACGGGUGCUCUUUCAGAGGAUGAUGGUCUGCCAAGGAGCCCCCCAGAAAUAAACUUGUUGCAUGACAUUCUGGGACAAUCUUCCAGUAAACCUUCCGACUGUGCUCAGAGACGCAGCUCCUUAAGUUUAGGAGGGACAGACAGCGAGGAGGAGCCGGUGUCGUCCGCAGCAUCUUCUCGGCCGAUCAGUCCGUUCCGCGGUGUCCUCGCUUGUCCCACCUCUCCAGCCGGCUACCUGACGCCAGUAGAUUUUACGACACCAGCCAGCACAUUAAACUGCCUGGAUAACUCUGCAGCAAAGCACAGGAUUGCAAUCAAACCAAAGAAGCACAGAGGGCAUGCCUUCAAACGACAACAACAAAUGCAGCAAUUAAAAGAAGACAGUGUCACGGGUUCUGGAAAGGAUGAUGCAGAAGCAGAAAUACAUUUUGAACAAAAAUUCACCGAAGAUUUGAGAGUAAAGAUGUCUUUAGACGGGAACCUACAGCCCCUCGAUGUGCCAGAAAAAUCCAAAGAUGAUAUUGAAGGCAGUCAUAUCCCUGUGGUGUCUGAAUCAUUUGUAUCUGAAGAUGAGCGUGUGUCAUCUGAAGGUGAAGCUGCCUCUUGCAAAACUGAUUUAAAUAUCUACAGUAAUCUUGUAGCAGAUAUAGACCAGAUGGAACAUUUAAUUCAGGCCAACGAGGAAGAAGUGGCCAAUACCCAGUCUACAUGUGAUGCUUCUGUACUUUCUGUGUCUGAACAGCUUGAGAGUUUGGUUGAACAUUCUGAGUUUAGCGAUGUGAAAACAGAACCUACCGAUAGCGAUAUCAUCCAUAACCUACAGUGUAGAUUAGAUAGCCCAUCAAAUGUGACAGAUGAAACUGUAACCGAUAAGUCAAAAGAUGAAGAACUAAAUGGACAAGAUGGAAUGGCUGCCUCUUUGCCGGAGAAGGUUGAUGAGUUACCACUUACCACUGAGAGGACUUUAAUUGUAACUGAGCCUUCAUUGCUGGAAACUGAUAUGUCUGAGAUGAACAUCUCUACAAUUAUUUGUGAUAGUGACAAGGCUGCAGAUGAACAGACAUCUAAAAGAUGUGAUACUUAUGAAACAGACAGAAUUUUAUUGACCCCAAACAAGGUGAAACGUGAAGAAAUACAUCUAUCUGAAGUCGACAGACAAAAAUCUGAUGAUAACCCAUCUGAAGAUGAUCAACUGUCAGUGUUACAGCUAGAAGCUGACCAGGGCCAAGAAGAAUUGGGGGUAGUAGCGAGUCUCAAAGAGAAGGUCAAACAUACACUGAAUGAACUUGUCAUAGAACGUGAUACAGUUGACUCUUCCUCUGUACCCUCGGUCAGCAUGACCAAUGACGCAGAGGAAAACAUGUCUAGAACCAAUCCCUCGACAGAAAUAUGUGAAGAAAUAAAAACAGAAUUGCACGCAGAAAGUAAGGAAAAAACAGCCACAAAACCAGUUAGGUUCACGGUAGCUCCUGCCUGGCAAAGAUCACUUUCGGGCGGGUGUCUCAAAGAUGCAACUUCCUUCAAGAAUGUUGUGAAGUCUGAGUCAUUUGAUGGUGCAGACCCACCUUUAGUAACUGGUAGCCAAGACAAGUCCAAAAUGAGUGAGAAUCUUCAUGAAAUCACCAAAACAAGUGAUGAGGGAUCAUCCGUUCCCUUUGGUGUCAGAUUAAGGAGUACACCUACCCCUUUAAAAUACAAUGAAGAACAGUUUGUGGAAUCUGGUAAGCAAGCCCCCGUGGCUGCUGUACCUUUGGCUCAUAAUCAGAAUGUGUCAAAUCCAGUAAAGACCUCACCGUUCUGCUCAGAUAGCACCAAACUCCCAAAACUGUCACCUGCCAGUGAAGAUCGCCUACCAGUAAAAGCCAAAAAUGAGGAUCCACAGCAGAGAGAAAGUUCAGAACCUGCCUGGAUCUCAAUGGCUAAGCAAAAACGCAAAGGUUUCCAGGAUCAUCCCCUUGCAAGAGAUCAGAACGUUGUGGCAGAAAAAGACAAGAAUUCUGCUGAAAGUUCACUUAAAAAGAGCCUUGUCACUGAUUCACAUACGCCAGAAGGAAAAUGGCGAACAGAGAUUGCUUCUGUCGAAAGUCCAGAAGCAUCUAUAGAGACCCGACCAGAACCGGAAAAAUCAGUUUGUCAUAUCCCAACCCAAAACCCAGAUGAACCUCCGUGGCUGUCUUUGGCCAAGAAGAAGGCAAAAGCAUGGAGUGAAAUGCCCCAGAUUGCCCAGUAGCAGAUAUAUAACGAUUUCCCGGCACUAAAGUUUGAAUUGUUUGUACUGUGAACAAAUGUUCAGGUGUGAGAUAUUUAAUCACGCCUGUAGUGAAACAUUUUUGGCAAAACAGUUGAUGAUAUGGACUACAUAUAACAAGG